AUGCCGUCGCGUCGAUCCCACUCCAAGUCUCACCACGGCUGCACCCAGUGCAAGCGGCGCCAAAUAAAAUGUGAUGAAAGCUUUGCGCCCCAGACCUCCCCACAUCGGUCAAUUGCCGACAUUCCUCUGGACCGUCCGGGCAGUUCUGUGCUCCCACUGCUAGACUUGGAGUUAUUACACCACUGGCAUACAGUGACCGCGAAAUACCUAGCUGAUGCUAAGCCGCUGCAGGAUGUCAUACGCACCGCCAUGCCACAGGAGGGGUUGGCGAACCCCUUCCUGAUGCACAGUGUUCUGGCAGUUUCUGCCCUUCACCGGGCCCAGACUGUGCCCUUGAGCCAUUGCCAGUUAUAUGCCGAAGCCGCCAUGACGCAUCAUAGCAGGUCUCUGGCAUUGUGUACCCCGUUAUUCAAUAACAUUACCCGCCAAAACUGUCACGCUCUGUUUGCGUUAUCAUGUCUCGUGCCAGUCUUUGUAUUCGCGUCCCAGAGCCCAAGGAAGACCUCAAGGGUCCAGAAUCUGAGUGAAGUGGUCGAAGCGUUCAGGUUAAUUCGUGGGAUGGCCUCCGUCGUGGACCAGGCGAGAUCCUGGAUCGAAGAAGGACCAUUGCAUCCUUUGCUGCGGGAUGGUCAGUUCCAAAAGCCGAUCCCAACAGCUGCGGAACGGUAUACUCUGGCUCUGUACACGCAGCUCCAGUCGUUGGCCCUCAACCAGCCGCAAGCGGGGCCAUCAUUGAACUCGGGGCCUUUUACACCGGCCCCCCACGGCUCGAUUGGGAACCUGUUAGAUCUACUUCAACUUUACCUGAAUAGCGGAGACUCGAGGGCCAUCAUGGCAUGGCCAGUCGUGGUCGACCCAUACUAUUUUGAGUGUUUGCUUCGGAAAGAGCGGAUAGCACUCCUCGCCCUUGCGUUCUACGGGUCCGCCUUGCAGAUACUCUCGGGGCAUUGGUGGUUAGAAGGUUGGGGGGAGCUUUUGCUUAAGCUUGCUAGGGAUCAUUUACCAGGGGCGGAUAAAGAGCUGGUCCACAUAGUCAAUGUACCAACCUAA